UGUGACUGAGCAGGUGAUAAGUAACCAUUGCAGUAUCACCGUGUUUACUCCCGCAGCGCGACGGCUAAGAAACUCCCCGACUUCGGGAAUUAUUAUCCGACUGAGAGACGUCAUCUUCGGCGGAACUGUUUACACAACCUGCGGCAGAGGACAAUGUUUCUCCUGCAGUACGCCGGGCUCAGCGCUCUGCCCUUUGACCCGACGACCAGCAAUGACUCGAUGGAAAACACCGCUGGAAACUGCAAGAGGCAAAGAACCAGUCUGCCUCCAGACGGGAACUGUAACCUGACAAUGGCGUGUAACUCCGUGACAACGCCCACCUCCGACCACGGCGCCUGGGCAAACGCCAUGAGCAGCCUGGGGAUGCCUCCGCUGAGCAUGACUGGACAGCAGCUGGUUCCAGAUUUUGACCCCGGUCUCGGGCUGAUGACUGGCAUUACCCCCAUAAAUCCCAUGAUGCCCGGCCCGGGCCUGGCUCCCCGGCCCCUCCCCCAGGAUGCACCCGUUGUCAGGGAGAUCGUCCACUGCAAGAGCUGCACGCUGUUUCCUCCCAACCCCAACCUUUUACCUCCGGCUAUGAGGGAACGUCCUCCAGGGUGUAAGACGGUAUUCGCGGGCGGUCUGCCCGAGAACGCCACAGAGCAGCUCAUCGUGGAGGUCUUUGGACAAUGUGGGGAAAUUGCUGCCAUCAGAAAGAGCAAGAAAAACUUCUGCCACAUCCGAUUUGCUGAGGAGUUCAGUGUGGACAAGGCGCUCUUCCUCUCUGGUUACCACAUCCGUUUGGGCUCCAGCACAGACAAGAAAGACACCGGCCGCCUCCACGUGGACUUCGCCCAGGCCAGAGACGACCUCUAUGAGUGGGAGUGUCACCAGCGCAUGUUGGCCAGAGAGGAGAGGCACCGGCGCAAGAUGGAGGAGGAUCGCCUCCGGCCGCCCUCCCCUCCUCCUAUCGUCCACUACUCGGAGCACGAGUGCACCCAGCUGGGAGACAAGAUCAAAGAUGACAAUACGUUUCCUGAAGCGGUGCGCGUGCUCAUGACCUGGCUGGAACGAGGGGAAGUCAACCGAAGGAACGCUAACAACUUCUACUCCAUGAUCCAGUCCUCCAACGGCCACAUCCGCCGGCUGACCGGCGAGAAGAGUCAGCAUGAGAAGGAGGUGGAAGAGGCCAAAGACAAGUUCAGGACCGCGAUGGCCACCAUACUGGCUCAAUUUGAAGAGAUCGUGUCUGUAUUCAACGCUGCGUCCAAACAAAAGGCAUGGGACCAUUUCUCCAAAGCUCAGCGGAAGAACCUGGACAUGUGGCGCACGCAGGUUGAGAAGAUCCGAAAUAUGCACAACGAGCAGCUGAUGUGCAUCAGGGGAGAGGAGGAGAUGGAGAUGUCGGACGAUGACAUGGAGGACUCCUCCCCCUUCAACAGUAAAGAUUCUGAGGACUCAGGUGUUUCCCAAGCAGAAGCCCUAAAGGAGGAGAACGACUCGCUGCGCUGCCAGCUGGACGCCUACAGGAACGAGGUGGAGCUGCUCAAACAGGAGCAAGGCAAGAACCAACCAAUCAGCAGUGAGGAGGACAACACGCACUCACAGCAGCUCAGCUUCCUGCAGGAGGCUCUGCAAGGCAUGCAGAAGCAACUUCUGAGAAUGAGGGACGAGUUGAAGGAGCGAGAGGCCGAGCUUGAGAAGAACAUGGAAGACAAACAGCAGCUGAAGAACCAAAUCCACGACCUCACAUCAGGACUGCAGAACCUGCAGACUACAACCGCAGUACAGGAUGUAACAGCAUCAUCAGUGGUGUCCUGCAGUGAGGACAAAGAAGGUCUUCCAGAGAAGAAUCGUCCCAAUCCGAUACACACUGAGAGGGAUGCACUGCUAGUCGGGAUCAUUGCAACCUUCCUGCACGUUCACCCGUUUGGAGCCAGCAUCGAGUACAUCUGUUCCUACCUGCAGCGUCUGGACACCAAGAUCAACACCGGUGAGGUGGAGGCUCUUCUCUCUCGGCUGCCCUGCACCUUCAGACAGGAGCUGACCGGGGUCGGAGCCAGUCUGGAGAAACGCUGGAGCUUCUGCGGCUUCCAGGGCAUCAAGAGCACGUAGCUAUCGACGCCUCUGGGUGACAUGGAAGAGACGACACUGGGGGUCAGGCACUGGGGGUCAUGGAAGAGACGACACUGGGGGUCAGACACUGGGGGUCAUGGAAGACACGACACAGGUAGACGAGUCCGCACAGGUACACGGAGGACACUCCAGAAAUGUGGAGGAAGCCCACGGCUAACGGAGAUGCUGGGCUCCACCUGCAAAGUCAUGAGCACAAAAUUAUCCAGCGCGCAUCUCAGAUCAGGAGGGGUUGUUCUGUGUGGGUGGCAGAGAGAUAAAUAUUCAGUUUUUUUUGUGAUGGCAAAUUAAUUAGCGGCGUCUCCAUGGCGACCAAGAAGUGGAUGCAUCUCUAUGAUAGCCACGUCAUCUCUCACUCUCUCCUCUUGUUUUUUUGUUUACUCGUGGGAAGUAAAAGUCUCAAUCUCAGCGGAGUCACAGGAUUGGUCAGAUUCUUGUACUCAAGCUUACUGUUGGCUCAGCGCACUGGCAGACGUCUGGACUAAAGGGCUACACAGGAAGGUCGUCAGGGUCCACUUUCAACCUCAAAACUCUCUUGCCUCCUUUUUUUGUCACUU